ACGUAAACAGCCCAUCCUGGCUGCUUUCCACAGGAAACUGACCGGAGGGACAGAACAGGAAGGAAGCAGAUGGGUGUGGAAGCAGGGAUGGGUGGCUCAGGACGUCGGAAGGUGUGCCGGGGUGGGUGCUCAGGGCUGGGAAGCAAUGUAACUGUUACAGUCCAAACCUUGUUCCCAACUCCACAGCUGGGUCUUCUAGAGGCCUGGGAUUUGGUGAGGCCCUCCUGUGCCCAGCUGCUGUCAGAAUCCAUCCCGGAUCUCAAAGGCAACCUCGACCUAGGACAUCCCUCAGCUUUCUAGUGUGACCUUAGACUUUGUCACGAUGUCAGGGCUGAACUCUGACUGGCCCCACGAGGGGGAGAGCCUCAGCCCUCAGGAGCCAGGUCCUCCAACCAACUCAGACAGUGACCCAGGCCACUUGCCAGAGGAGCACCCUGAGGAGACGUCUGCUCAGGAUCCUAAAGUUCUGAGCUUGGGGCUCCCUGGCCUGGACACCGGCGGGGCCUCCAGCUGGCCUGGGCUUCGGAUCCUCCUGCAGCAGCUGCCUCCACAGGACAGUGAUGAGCGCUACUGCCUGGCCCUUGGGGAGGAUGAGCUGGCCGAGCUGCGGCUCUUCUGUGCCCAGCGGAGGCGGGAGGCCCUGGGACAGGGGGUGGCCUGCCUGGUACCUCCCAAGCUGGCAAAACACACCUGUGAGAAGUGCAGGGAGCCGCUGAGGCCAGGCGAGUACGGAGUGUGCGCAGCCCCGGCCGGAGAGCGGCGCGGCUGGCACCCGGCGUGCUUUGCCUGCCAGGCCUGCGGCCAGGCCCUGCUACACCUCAUCUACUUCUCCCACGACGGGCGUCUCUACUGCGGCCGUCAUCAUGCAGAGCUGCUGCGGCCGCGCUGCCCGGCUUGCGACCAGCUGAUCUUCUCCCGGCGCUGCACCGAGGCGGAGGGACGGCGCUGGCACGAGAACCACUUCUGUUGCCAGGACUGCGCCGGGCCCUUGGGCGGGGGACGUUAUGCCUUGCCGGGGGGCCGCCCCUGCUGCCCCCGCUGCUUUAAGAGUCGCUACUCGAAUGCCGGCUCGAGCCAGGCCCCAACACUGGAAGGGAGGGCGCCGCUUGGGGAGGCGAGACUCGAGAGAGUUGCAGUGGGAGACUGCUCCCCGCUGGACGCCGCUACCAUCUCCCGGGCAGCCCUUCUCGCCGCUGCCUCCCGCUCCAGCCCGGAAACCCAGAGGGGGCGGCUUCGAUCCAGUCCGGAGCAGGAGGGUCGAGCUGGGGACGAGGCGGAGGCACCCACCAAAGGGCGGGAGCGGGGCCGCCUGGAGACGCCCCUCGAUGCCAAGGAGGACGCCCCCUGCCCCACCUGCUCCUCUUCUUCUGACUCGGAACCCGAAGGCUUUUUCUUAGGUCAGCGCCUUCCCGGUCCCUGGAAGACCCCCGGAAGCCUCCAGGCUGGGCACAGCGACACCUCCAGGAAGCACUGCACCAUUUGCUAGUGGCGCAGCCCGGAGAAGGGGGAGGGGAUGUGCUCUGUUAGGUGGGAGAGCUAGGCUCUCCUCCCCCCCUCUAAAAAUCCUAGACUGAACGCAAUCAGGGGCACGCCUGGGAGAGGCGGCCAGAUCACAAACUUGGUGUGCUCCCUCUUAAGCCUGCAAAAUCUAUCACUUCUGACGGAGACUUUCUUGGGGAACCCCACCCCGCAAAGCUACGCAUCCCCUGCUGAACUAGCCCCUAUGCUCACCCCCACAGGCUGGGACAGCCCCAUGCUCAGCAUCUUCCUGAGCCAAUGAAGUGGUCACUCAGAGACCACGUGUGGCAGUGCCCAGGUUGGCGAGCCGAAGGCCGGGGGGUGCCGGGGUGGGACGCGACCCGGCGACGGUAGUGCGGGGCCGCGCUCCCCGCCUUGCGGAGCUCGUGGACGCGCAGCCCGGGAG